AUGACACUGUCACAGUUAAAAGAUUAUCUAAAAGAACAUCCAAAUACAGCAAAACAAAUAAUGUUCUAUGGGUCAAAAAUAAGAUCAACAAGACCAUACUGGAGUUCACGAUGUGGUGAGCUCUUAGAUCUUGUAAAUGAUAUUGGUCCUCCAACUGUAUUCUUUACAUUAAGUAGUGCAGAUUACCAUUGGCCUGACCCAUUCAGAUUACUUGGUAUUAAAAAUCCAAACAAACUAAGUAUCUCUGAGAAACGGAAAAUAAUGGCAGAAAAUCCUCUAUUAUUUGACCAGUUUUUUGUCAUGAGAUCACAAUAUUUCAUUGACCAUUGUUUUUCAAAGAAAUAUAAAGUCAAAGACAUCUGGUACAGAUAUGAAUACCAACACAGAGGUUCCAUACAUCUACAUGGAGUAGCUUGGUUUCAUGACGCUCCAGAACUUAAAAAUAUUGAUAAUGAGAAGAUCCAAAAUGAUAUCCUAAAGUAUUUUGAUGAAAUAAUUAGUUGUGAGAACCCUGAUGUUAAUUGCACUAUUACAGAAACUCAUCCAUGUGCAAUGAGACUUUCUGAUGUAACUAACUUACAAGAAGACUUAUCACAACUUAUUAAUAGAGUUCAAAGGCAUACAAAAUGCUCGGAAAAGACAUGUAAGACCAAAAAUGGAAAGAAACUUACAAAAUGUAAGUAUAAUUUUCCAUUUGAACUAAAUGAAACGUCAAGAUUGAUUAUUGAAGAUGGUGAAAUUACUGAUAUGAUAUUCAAAAGAAAUGACCCACUGAUCAACAAACUUAAUAAAUGGCUAAUUCAGAGCUGGAGAGCUAAUAUUGACAUAUCGCCUAUUUAUAAUGAGACAAGCAUUUACCACUACAUUGCUAAGUAUGCUUCAAAAUGUGAAAGUAAAUCUAUAGAAUAUAGUGAAAUACUCAAAAAUAUAACAACAUCAGGUGAAAAUGACAAUGAAUCUUGCAAGAAAACUAUACGGAAGUUGUUAAUAUCUGCUUGUGCAGAAAGAGAUUACUGUGCACAGGAAGUGAUGCAUUACUUAAUGGGGUUUCCUUUUUAUAGAUGCAGUAGAGACUUUGUAAUAUUAAAUAUGAAUCACUUUUCAUGGUCAAGUUUAGAACCGAACACAGAGAACAAAACAUUAAUACAAUAUUAUGCUUCAAGACCAACAGAAAUGGAUGAUUUGAACCUAUAUGAAUUUUGUAAAUUCAUAUGUGUAAGGAAAGGUUCCUUUGAAAAACGGAAGAAACCAGCAAUAAUAAGAAUUUUUCCAAAGAUGGCAAAGAUGACUACCUUGCAAACAGAAGAUAUAGAAAGGCUGCAUUUCUUCUUUGUGCCAUGGAGAUCAAUAAGUGACUUAAACAUUGAUAUAAAACUUAAAGAAGAAAAAGUCACAGAAAAGGAAGAAAUGAUUAAUAUGUACCUCUUCAAGAAAACAAUGGAUUGUUUAAAAGAAAAAUUCCCAGAAGAGACAAACAAUCACGAUGAAGGAAAUGAUAAUAAGAAAUUUGAACCUAUAUCAUCACUUAUGCCAAUCAGAAAAGAAGAAUCUACUCAGAUUGGAUAUAGACCUCUUGAUAAAAACAACAACUGGAAAAAAUGGAACUUCUUCCUUGAUGAUGAAGUUCUUAAUACUAUAUAUGACAAAAUAAGAGAACCAAUUUCAAACACAAAAAAAUUUGAACUGCCUGUCAUGAAACUUAAUGAUAGCCAAAAGAAGGUCAUGGAAGAACUGAAACUUCAAGUACUAUCAAUAAUCAAAGGAUCCAAAGUAAGUGGAAAUGUUACAAUUAUACAAGGCUCAGCAGGUACAGGAAAGACUUCAGUACUGAAACAUAUGUUUAAUUACAUAAUUGAUAAGCUUGGUACUGAAAGUGUAUGUUUAUUGGCACCUACUGGAACAGCAGCCAAAUUGAUCAAUGGACAUACAAUUCAUUCAUACUUAAAAUUAGGUAGAAGAUUUAAAAAUAUAACACCUCUUGUAGCUGAUGACUUGUUGAAGUUCCAGGAAGAUAAGCAUAAAAUCCAAUUUGCUCUAAUAGAUGAAUACUCAAUGAUUGGUUGCCGUCUUUUGGCUGCUAUUGAAGAACGAUUCAGACAAAUGAAAGAUAAUCAGAAACCAUUUGGAGAUCUAUACGUUUACUUAAUAGGAGACUGCCAUCAGCUUGUUCCAUGUGGUGACUCCGCACUAUUCAGAUCUCUUAAAGGAGACACAAAAGGAAAUGGUCUCUUGGAAAGAGGAAAGUUACUGUUAAGAUGUGUAGACAAUGUACACUUCCUAAGCAAAAAUUAUCGAGCUAAUGUAAGUAAUUACUGUGACUUCCUAGAAAGAGUAUCAAUGGGAAACUGUUCAAAAUAUGACUUAAAGAAAAUAAAUGAAAGGUGUGUAUCAUUACUUACAAAAACAGAAAUUGGCACAUUUUCUAACAGCUUAAAAUUAUGUGCAACAAAUGAAAUAGUAGAUGAGUUCAAUAUAAACAAGAUAGUUAAUUUAAAGAAACCCAUUGCUUGCAUAAAUGCUCAAAACAACUCAAGAAAAGCAUUUUCAAGUUCCAGUGAAAAGGCUGAUGGUUUAGUCAAUACACUGUACCUUUGCGAAGGAGCGAAAGUUAUGCUCAAACGUAACAUCAAUGUUUCAAGAGGAUUAGUAAACGGCUCCAUUGGUAAUAUAUAUAGAAUAUUGCAUGGACAAGAUGAAGAACCACCAAAUAUGCCACUGUACAUAUUGAUAGAAUUUCAUGAUAUAAACUUAACAGGUAUAGGUUUAAAAUACAUUCCAAUAAAACCUGUACUAGCAACUUGGACAGAAAAAGGAAAGGUAUGCUCAAGAUUACAAUUACCUCUGGUUCUAGCAUGGGCUUGUACUAUACACAAAGGUCAAGGUAUUGGAAUUGACAGGAUGAUUCUAGAUAUGGGUGAAACGGAAUUCUGUAUUGGACUUAUUUAUACAGCAUUAUCAAGGAUUUCUUCAUUUUCAUCAUUGAUUUUAAUAAGAAGGUUAACAAUAGAAAGAUUAAAUGCAGUCAAACGAUCCAAAGGAUACUUGGAUCUUGUGUCAUUUCUAGAUUGGCUCAAAAGUAAAGUAAAUUAA